AUGCAAGUGAUUGCUCGAACGAAGUUGGUGUCUAAUCGCCGCCACAUGGAGAUCUUUCUCAGCUCGUGCAACGGAAAUCCGCUAGCUAAAUCGCUGUGCGGAUACAUCUUUAAGCCUUAUUGCCAGAAACUGUUGCAUAAGGGUGGGUGCUUUAGAUAUCGGGAGCUGUUUUCUGGCGCUCAGAAGCAAAAGCAACGCAAACGAGGUCGCCAAUAUGUUGGAGAUGGACAAAAAAAUUACAAUCCCACCGUCAUCGCAGCCUCGGCGAAUAGUGGAGCGGGUGGAAGUCGGUCAACAUGCAAAUCAGCUAUAU